UCAAUUCUAAAGCUAUUUUUGUAUUGUCUAUAGAUUCAUAUAAAUCAAAAGUAAGCGAAUGUAAAAACAAACUUAUCAUAUAAUACAUAUAUCUCAUUAGAUAAGACAAUUAAGAUUUCGUAAAACAAAUGUAGAGAGGAAAACUGAGAACGGCAUCAUGAAAAGAGCAAUCGGGAAAUGUUGGCGUGAUUCCGCUUCAUUGAUAGUGAUCGCUAAAAGGAAUGUGGAUGUUUCGUCGAGUGGAAACGCAGGGGAUUGUAACUACGAUAUCUUGUUGCAGACUCGGACGCAUAGCGCUUCUUUCUCGAACAGUGUAGUGUUUCCGGGCGGUGUAUGUGAGGAGGCGGACGCGAGUGAUCAUUGGCUUCACCUCCUCAGCUCUUUCGGUUAUAAUCACAGAGAUUUCGAGACUUUACACAAAGCUAGUGCCCCAGUAACCCCCAUUCUAGCGAAUAACCCCGUCAAAAGACAUAUUGCUUUAAGAAUAACCGCAAUUAGAGAGACAUUUGAGGAGCUUGGCCUGCUUAUUUGCAGUUCCCGGCACAAAAACAACAAAAGUGAUUCAUGGUCUCAGUUUGUAUGUGGUGUUGAUGUUAAAUAUUGGCAGGCACGGUUAAACAAAGACCCCUUGGAUUUCUUGGUGCUUUGUAAAGAGCACAACUGCUACCCUGAUAUAUUUGGGUUGCAUUAUUGGAGUAAUUGGUUGUCUCCGACACAUUUGCCAAGAAGAUUUGAUACAGCAUUCUUUUUAGCUGCUUUAGAAAAUAAACCUUCAGAUAUUAAAGCCAAUUCGGAAGUAGUCAAGGUUGAGUGGUCCACUCCUCUCGACACACUAGAACGUAACAAGAACAGGCAAUUGAUACUUUACCCCCCUCAAGCCUAUGAAUUAAACCGUUUUUCAUAUUUCAAAGACAUUGAUAAGUUAAAAGAUUUUGCAAAAGAAAAGAGUUGCGAGGGUAAUGACCUUAUCUUCCCCACUGCCAUUCAAGCAGCUGAUGGAAUUGCACACCUUUUGCCAGGUGACUAUCUAUAUCCAUCAAAUGUAGAUCUUAACAUAGAGACAGUUAUAGAGGAAGCAAAGACCCUUGAAGAACUUAGAGAUACCAAUCAAACAUUGCAUCGAUUCGAAACCAGCAAGCGAGGAACCUUUGUGGUGACACAGAAUUACAAACCGAGCAAUCAUAUCAAUAUGGGUGAUCAAGUCAAGCCCUUGAAUGCCUCAAUACAUAUGAAAGUUUAG